UUAAAAUGUCAGGCUCGGUUCAGUAAGAGUCAUCAAAACUACUCAUUAGUUAAGUUCAAUAAAAAAGUUUUUUCACUUAAUGUUGACAAUUUGUUUUUUCGACUAGGUACUCAUUCUGACCAAUAGCAUUGUCACAUAUCAACGAGGUCGGUAUGAACCUGGGGUUACACGCCUUGACGUUGUCGUUGUUUUUUAGUUCUAUUGUAGUUUACUGUGGUAGGGAUUUUUAUGCCAUCCUAAAUGUACCUCGUGAUGCAACUAAAAGUGAAAUCAAAAGAGCAUACAGAACACUGGCUAGCAAGAUUCAUCCCGAUAAAAAUCGUGAAGAUCCAGAAGCUGACCAAAAGCUCCAAGAUGUAAAUGAAGCUUAUGAAGUUCUCAGCAAAGAUGACAAGCGUAAACUUUACGAUCAGUAUGGUGAAGAGGGUCUAAAAAGUCAUGGAGAACAUGAUUUUAAUCCAUUUGGUUUUGCCCGAUCUCCGGAAGAAGCACCACGUGGAGGUGAUAUUGUUAUGGACCUGUGGGUUACUCUGGAAGAACUCUAUGUGGGGAACUCUGUAGAAGUGACUAGGCGUAAACUGGUCAAAAUGCCUGCACGUGGAACUCGGAAGUGCAACUGUCGUAUGGAGUUACAUACAACAGUCCUAGGCCCUGGUCGUUUCCAGAUGCACCAAGAACAAGUCUGUAGCGACUGCCCAAACAUCCAGUUUGUACCUAAGGAAAGAAACCUCUAUGUGGAAAUUGAGCCAGGAAUGAGAGAUGGGUAUUUUUAUCCAUUUGUUGGCGAAGGGGAACCUCAUUCUGAUGGUGAAUCAGGUGAUCUGAAAUUUCGUAUUAAACAAAAAAAACACAAUAUAUUUCAUCGACGAGGUGAUGACCUAUACACUAACAUCACUCUAACUCUGGUCCAGUCGUUGAAUGGAUAUCAUGUUUCAUUUCCACAUUUGGAUGGCCAUCAAGUUGUUAUCUCAAGUGAUCAUGUAACCUCUCCAGGGACAAUUAUUUAUAAACCAAAUGAAGGAAUGCCUAAUUUUGAAAAUAAUAAGCGUCGUGGUUCUCUUUACAUUACAAUCGAUGUUCAGUUUCCUGAAAACUUUAAAAUCCCCGAAGAUAAACGUAAAAUGAUUGCAGAACUUUUUCAUUCAUCCAGUACUAGCACCACCAAUACUCUUUCAUCAUCUCAGCCUGAUCAACCAACACCAGCCCAAAUUUACAAUGGUAUAGAUGGAGGUAGCAAAAAGAUAAAUGUAAAAAAUUAACUGUAUCAAUUCGGUUCUAUGUAAACUACCCUGUUCGUGUUUUCCUGUAUUUAAGAAUCGUUGAUUUAUCCAACCUACUUUGUACAGCUGUCUUCUACCCAUUUAUUUGUAUUUUUAUGAUAUUUGCUGUUGUUUUUGACCAAUUCUUAGACCUGUUUUUGAUUUUAUUAAAAUAUUCCCAACUUUGCGGAUGCAAGUACAGCUGAAUUCUGUUUUUUUUGGUAAUAAACAUUGAGCAAAUUGAAUUGAUAGUUGAUUUUUUGCUUGAUAAAUGCCAAGACGAUUUAUUGCAACGAGUUAAUAGGUAAACAAUUUAACUCAUCAUUUUUGUCUAUGUAAAUCAAAAUGACAAUAAAAAAAUGCUCUUUUGUAUACACUCUGAUCUUAUGUAUGUAUAUUUGAUUAACAUACAGUUUUCAUUCCUCUUAUCAUAUUGUAGCAAAGUGGUUAGUAAUCAUUUUAAAACCACCCCACAAACACCUAGUUUCGAUUGUUUUUAAAAGCUAAAUUAUUACAUAUAUUUUUCAUCAGUAACUGGAUGUAGUUUUUUUAUCUGGGAUAUAAAUGGAGAUCAAUAUGAUAUUAGACAUUUUUCGACAUUUAUACUUAAUGCCAGUUGAAUACCUGGUAUC